AUGGAUGUCAUUGCUGCUGCUCCUUUUGCUGCUGCAGCUGCCUCAGAUUAUCAGCAAAAAUAUGGUCAGCAGAAGUUGCUGGCAGUCAAAGGCUCAAACCUAUUGCCGAAAAAUUACCACCAAGUCCUUGUCUUUACGUUUGCUAUGAAUGAGAUCUAUAAGAAUACCCACCUCUUACCCAACAUCACACUGUCUUACAUCUUUGCUCGAAAUACUUUCAAUGAAAUGGGAACCUGUUAUGAAACUAUGGAUCUCCUUUUCAUAAGACGGGGGAACCCCCUUAACUACAUCUGUGGCAAGGCACAGAGGUUAAUGGCAAUCAUUGGUGGGCUCAACACUCAUAACUCCAAGCAUAUGCCACACAUCUUAAAUAUCUACAAGAUGCCACAGCUCAGCUAUGCCUCCUUUGACCCUGCACUGAGCGAUAAAACACAGUUCCCUUCUGUCUAUCAGAUGAUCCCAAAUGAAAGGUCCCAGUAUGCUGGGAUUGUUCAGCUGUUGCAGCAUUUUGGAUGGACCUGGAUUGGCCUUAUUGUUUCAGAUGAUGACAUUGGAGAAAUGCUGUUGAGGACUCUCAUUUCCUGGCUGCACCACAACAAUAUUUGUAUUGCUUUUAAGCAAUUUAUCCCAACACCUACUAAGUUCACAGAUGAAAUAUAUCACCUUAAUGAGAAAUUACAAAUGACAAGUUAUAUUCUCUCAUCAACCGAAACCAAUGUGAUUCUUGUUCAUGGGGAUUCACGGUCUAUGGAGGGAUUACGAAUGGUUCUUUUAGUACAUGAAAAUGAUAAAAUGAAACCACUAGAGAAGAUUUGGAUCAUAACAGCUCAGUGGGUUUUUGCAGCUGUAUCCAAUAAAGAUUUAUUCACACCCAAAUCCUUCAAUGGAACAUUAUCCUUUAUAAUCCACACAAAUGAAGUGACAGGAUAUAAAGAGUUCCUUGAAAGUUUACAUCCUAAUAAAUCUAAGCUGUAUAUGAUCCUUUACUUCUGGACCACUGUAUUUGCAUGCUCCUUCCCCAUAAACAAUUUGUAUGACCCAAACACAGGAAACUGUACUGGGGAAGAGAAGCUGAGGAGCCUCUCUGAAACUGUGUUUGAAAUGGGGAUGUCUGGUCAGAGCUACAGUAUCUACAAUGCUGUUUAUGCUGUUGCACAUGCUCUCCAUGCCAUGAUUUCAUCAAGAUCUAAGCAGAAGGCAAUGGGAGAUGGGGGCACAUGGAAUAUUCCUAAAGCUCAUCCAUGGCAGCUUCACUCCUUUCUGAAACACGUCCGCUUCAACAAUACUGCCGGGGAAGAAAUAUUUUUUGAUGAAAAUGGAGAGUUGGCAACUGGAUAUGAUAUCAUCAACACAGUCACAUUCCCCAAUAAGACAAACCAUAGAGUCCGUGUUGGAUGGAUUGACCCACACACUCCUGAAGGAAAAAAGGUCAUAAUCAAUGGAAGUGCUGUUGUGUGGAAUCACAAAUUUAACCAGAGUGUACCUAAAUCCAUAUGUGUUGAGAGCUGCUAUCCUGGGCACAGCAAGAUUGUGCGUCAGGGGAAACAGAUCUGUUGUUAUGAUUGUGUUCAGUGCUCUGAAGGAAUGAUUUCAAACCUGACAGAUGCAGACCAUUGCAACAAGUGCCCUGAGGAUCAGCAUCCAAACAAGAACCACAACCACUGCAUCCCUAAAGCUAUAAUCUAUUUAUCAUAUAGUGAGCCCUUGGGGAUCAUUCUGACUUCAUUUGCUCUUUCUAUUUCUCUGGUCACCGUUGUGGUAAUGUGGAUCUUCAUUCAACAUCGGAAUACUCCCAUUGUCAAGGCCAACAACUGGACCAUUACCUGCACCCUCUUUAUUUCCAUAUUGCUUUGCUUUCUGUGCUCUUUCUUAUUCAUUGGGAUGCCUGGGAAGGUAACCUGCCUUUUCCGUCAAUCAGUGUUUGGAAUCAUCUUCUCCCUUGUUGUUGCUUGUGUGCUGGCUAAAACAAUUACUGUGGUUCUUGCUUUUAUGGCCACCAAGCCAGGAAACAAGAUGAGGAAAUGGCUAGGGAAGAGGCUGGCAGUGUCCAUCAUCAUUCUCUGUACUCUUAUUCAAACCAGCAUCUGUGCAGUGUGGCUGGCAACCUCUCCUCCCUUCCCAGAAUUUGACAUGCAUUCUCAAUUCAGUGAAAUUAUAGCACAGUGUAAUGAAGGCUCAGACUUCAUGUUCUACAUUGUCCUGAGCUACAUGGGGCUUUUAGCCAUCAUCAGCUUCACUGUGGCUUUCUUUGCCAGGAAGUUGCCUGAUACUUUUAAUGAAGCCAAGCUCAUCACCUUCAGUAUGUUGGUUUUCUGCACUGUUUGGUUAUCUUUUGUCCCAACUUACUUGAGCACGAAAGGGAAAUACAUGGUGGCUGUGGAGAUCUUCUCCAUCUUGGCCUCUAGUGCUGGAUUGCUGGGUUGCAUUUUCCUUCCUAAACUCUAUAUUAUUGUCCUGAGGCCAGAGAUGAACACCAGGGAUCAAUUAGUAAGGAAAAAGAUCACUGAUCACUGA